AUGAGUCCCCCCGUCUUAAGCCCGACCCUGAACCAGCGGCCCACGGUGCGACUGGACCAGGGAACGUACAUCGGCACGACCCUCGCGGAGCCCGAGUUUCCGCGCGUCGUGGAAGCCUUUCUAGGCGUGCCGUACGCAAAAUGCGAACGUCUUCGGCGUGCGGUACCUCCCAAGGCCUCGGCGGACACCUUUGACGCCUCGGACUACGGCCCGGUGUGUCCGACGGCUGACCCCUCGCUUCCGUCUGACGAGCAGUGUCUUAAUGCUAACGUCUUUCGCCCGUCAGAGGCAGACAAGAGCAAGGGGGUCCAGGGCGUCAUGGAAAAGGGGAAGAAGGUGCCCGUGCUAGUCUACAUCCACGGGGGCGCCUUCAACUUUGGGCGUGGCGGGGACAGGAACCUGGCGGCUUUUGUUGCGUUUUCAAAGCGCGACCUCGUCGCUGUGAGCUUCAACUACCGGCUCGGACCGCUGGGCUUCCUCCCCUGCGGCGUCGCCGCGCGCGAGGGCAUCGCGAACAACGGGUUGCUGGACCAGAGGGCUCUGCUGCAGUGGGUUCAGCGGAACAUCGCCGCGUUCGGCGGUGACGAGCAGGACGUCACGGUCAUGGGCUUCAGCGCAGGCGCGCACUCGCUCGGCCACCACCUCCUCUCGCCGCCUUCCCGCGCCCUCUUUCAUCGUGCGGUUCUCGAAUCGGGGGCGCCUACGGCCCGAUCCGUCCUUUCGUCGACGCACCCCCGCCAUGAAGCGCAGUUCGCCCGGUUCCUCAGCCACGCCGGCGUGUCCGGUGACGCGCCCGACCAGGUCUUUCCCGCCCUACGCGCCCUGCCCCUCCGGACCCUCCUGGAUGCCUCGCUGGCGACCUGGGCCGAGGGCGCAGCCUCCGUGCAGUGGCCGUUCCAGCCCUCCGUUGACGACGAGCAAGACAGCAUCAUCCCUCAGCCGCCCAUCCAGGCCUGGGCAUCCCCCUCGCUCCCUCAACCGCCGCCCCUGAUCACAGGCUUCAAUACCUCCGAGGGGACAAUGUUCGUGCCCGCCGCCGCGUCCUCGCCCACAGCCCUGGCCAACUUCUUCUCCGGCCUUAUCCCCGCCCUCACCCCGCAAGACCUCGAGCUCCUCGAGUCCCUCUACCCGCCCGCGUCGACCUACCCUCCCCCGCCCACCCCGGCCCAUGGCGUCCAAUUCCGGCGACUGGCGCAGGCCUACGGGCAUUACGGCUACAUCGCGCCGCUCCUCCACUCGGCGCACUUGGCCUCCGCCAAGGGCGCUCCUGUGUGGGUGUACGAGUACGCCGCGCACGCGGACCUCGCCGCCGCGAACCACGGCGACCACGUCCCCGCCGCGACGCACGACACCGACGUCCUCUCAGGGCACAGGACGCCCGGCCUGCUCGCCGUCUCGGACGCGAUGCACGGGUACUGGUCGUCCUUCGCGGCCACCGCCGAAGGGCCCAACGCCCUCCCCAACGCCAGCGGCGUCGCCUGGCCACAGUUCGUCAGUCCCUUUGGCGACGACGCCGCGGGCGACUCGGUCCCGGACCCAGAGGACCCGUGCGAGAUGCGCGGCAGGAUCCUCGUGUUCGGCGAGGGCAACGAUGAGCUCAUGGGGAGGAAAGGCGAGCGGCGGAAGGGCGCCGUGGCGCGGGUGCGGACGCUGACGGGGCUCGAGGUCCGGCAGUUCCGGUUCUGGUGGGACAGGGUCGCGCUGAGCGAGGGUACGGGGGGUUGCUGA